AUCCCGAGCCUGGAGAGAAGAAAGUGGAUCCUGAGCGGUUCCUAAAGCCACCUGAUGUAACUGCUGUUAGCAAGAACGCUAGUCCCUGUGAGACCACCGGAGUGGCUGUGAAGAAAAGAUCCCACAAAAGUCCCAGCCUCAGGAAAAGCCCCCUCGCACCUAGUCCCAAGAGGCUGUCUCCCUGGAGAAGCAGUCCCAGGAAAGACCAUAUGAGUUCUUUUCAGUUGUCCCCGAGACCGCUCGUCACCACUCCUCAAGCCAAGCGUCGCUCUUGGCGUCGUUCGAGCCUGAAGGGGACAAAACGCCGAAAAUCUCUGCCUCCUGUUCACCAAGAUGUCACUGAAUUAAGCAAAUCAAUUAGCUUGGAUCUGCCAGAGAUAGACCGGCUUUCUAUGCUGUUGUUGUCCAGUUUCCAGUUUUCCGCACAGAAGCUUGAACACAUCUUGAAGCAAACUGACGGCUUCAGCCCUGAGGCUUUCAAAGCUAACGUGCACUCGGUUUCAGAAGACCUGAAGCGAUACAUGCAGAAGCUGAAACGCGACGGAACGCUGAAGAGCUGCGUGGAAGACCCUAAAGGGAUUUUGCUGGACUCGGCUUUGGAUGAGUCAGUAGCCCAAGUUAAGGAGUACAUUGCCAGGUUCAGUGCUGAGUGUCAGUCCUGGGAUCAGCUCUUACUGUGCUACCAGGAAAAUGCUGAAGAAAUGUCCAGGCAGCUGGAGGAAUGCAAGAGGAAUCAAGGACAGGCAGAGCCUCAGAAUUACCUCCAGACAUCUCAGGCCAAAGUCCUCAGCAGCAAACCCAACUACCAGAAGAUCCUGGAUGACCAGGGCGAGGUCUUGAGCUGUAUGGAGCUUGUGCUCGACGAACUGCAGCAAGCAGUGAAGCUGCUGCAGGCCUUCAGUGAGGACAGCCGGCAGUACCUCCGGCGCCUGUCGGAGCAGCUCG